CGAUAAAGCAGACCGGUCAGCGAGCAGCAACGAGUGGACGCGCCAGUUGUCCUUCCUGGUCUCGCAUCGGUUUCGGUCGUUAUUUCCUCGGUCAUUGCAUCUUUGCUGAAUCGGUCGGAUGGUCGGUUGAUUAAUACUCGUCAAUCACUGAUCCAUCGCGCGUGUUUCAUCCUUUCUAUUACUGCAUUGCAUCCGUGUACCGUGUCCACCGUGCCGUGCCGUGUCGUAUCGUAUCGUAUCGUAUCGCAUCGCAUAGUAUACAGUAUAGUAUCGUGUUCUAUCGUCUCGUGCCGUGUCGUGUCGUGCCGUGACACGGUCACAUCUCGCACGUUGGGCGAUCCAUCCGAACGAUAUAUCCCGGUAUUUCUCACUCGGUGAGGACUAGAAGUCCGGAGAUCCGCAGAUAAAUCUGAUAUCGACUCGUAGACAUUGCACGCGGUAACGCAUCCGUAACGACGUUUACGUUAACGGGGGGAGCCUCCUCGUAGUCGCCAACUUUAUAAUGCUGCUCGUCGCGAGCACGAUACCGAGAGGAAGAAACGCAAUCUCUCGUUGCUGAUAUGGGGUCACCGGCCAAGCAUUUGGUCCUGUUCCGCGGACCCUCCUUAUUUCGGAAAUAAAUCAAGAUUUACGUGACUCCAGAGGAAGAGCCAGGAACGCCGACGGUAACGAUAACGUUCCCCUCGAAGGUAGAUCGCACCAGGUACAGAAUGGCCUCGAGCUCCACCAGCACGUCGCCCGACGUGCAGGUGCUGAUGGGCAAGGGCAAGCGCGGGGCAGCCGCUUAUAUCAGCCUGGCUACUGCCGGGAGUGCUAGUGGUUGUCCACCGUACGUUAAUGAAUUGCUGGAUGUACUGCUGAACCCUAGCAAGUCCAUUGAAGAUUGGGAAACCAUUGACUGGUGCAAGUGGUUGAUGGCUGGUGGCCGCACACCCGAUGAAUUUGCUAGUACAGUACGCAUUUACGAUAAUGCUACUACCUGCGGUCUUGUUUGGACACCGAACUUCGUAGCAUAUCGUUGCCGUACAUGCGGCAUAUCUCCCUGUAUGUCCUUAUGUACCGAGUGCUUUAAAAACGGAAAUCACUAUCGUCAUGACUUCAAUAUGUUUCUCAGUCAAGCGGGUGGUGCAUGCGAUUGUGGCGAUACGGCUGUGAUGAAGGAGACUGGAUUUUGUGAUAAGCAUGGGCCAAAGGCUGCUGUAAAUAAAUCAGUUGCACCGUCGAAUCUGAUGUGUGUAGCCGAGGCGAUGAUGCCCAGAAUCAUUCUUCGGCUCAUACAACAUUUACGUGAGAAUUGCAAAAUGGGUGUGCUAGAUUAUAGAGGUACUAUACAAGAAGCCGAUGCAUAUUUGACUAUGCUACUCGACUUGAACAACAUGGGCGCAUUAAUGAGGCACGUUAUGACAUCAGCUCUCACGAAUCCACAAAAGUAUCGAGUGCUUAUACAUCCUUCUAGUUUAACGGGACAAUCAGAGUAUGACAGCUAUUGCCAAGAUAGCAAUAAGAUAUAUCAGCAUGCCGUGAAAUCAUUACCGAAUCCGGAACCGCCUGAUGAAUAUAAAGAAUGUAUAUCGCUGCAAGAGCACUUGGAGCACACGACCUUUUUAGAGGAAUUGAUGUUCUGGACUGUUGCCUAUGAAUUUCCGCAAAAAUUGGUUUGCCUGUUAUUGAACAUGUUGCCAGAUCCUGAUUAUAAGGAAGCUUUGACUCGCGCCUUCGUAUUACACUAUAGUAGAAUCUCAAUGAUGCUCGAGCGUUCCACGGAUCCUGAUACCUUGAGUAAUAGGGUAGUGCAUGUUAGCGUACAGCUAUUCAGUAACCAAAACCUAGCAUUAAGAAUGGUCGAUGAGCUGAAAUUGUUACACGUUAUGGUUAUCAGUUUGAAAUAUAUGAUGAGUAAAAUACUCAUUCAAAAUAGUCUGCACGAUCCUGACAAAAACUUCCACUAUGUGGUCGACUGUGGCCGUCAAGUAAUGAAGGAGCACUGUUACUGGCCGUUGGUCUCCGAUUUGAACAACGUACUUUCGCAUAAACCUGUUGCCGUCAAGUUCAUGAGCGAUAAUACUUUGCUAGAGAUGUGGUUCGACUUUCUAGCCAUGUUUCAAGGCAUGAACGUGAAUCAGCGAGAGUUAAGUCAGCACAUCGAAUUCGAGCCGAACACUUAUUACGCUGCGUUCAGCGCCGAGUUGGAGGCCAGUGCGUAUCCCAUGUGGGCCCUAGUCUCGCAUCUUCGCGAACCCGAGAGCGUGCUGCUAAGUCGACGAGUGCUCAGUUACUGCCUCAAUGCCUUGCAGGAUUGGCUUGACGCCGUAAAUUUUACGGAUCCUACUGUUGCUGACAAUUUCCAGGUCUCGUUCCACUUGCCGCUUCAUCGAUACUUCGCGGUGUUCAUGUGUCAAGCGAUCCGACAACAAGGAGCAAUGCUAAGCGAGCUGUUGCCACCAUCGGACAUGCUGCAGCUGCUCAUGAUGCAUCCGCUGCGCGUACAGGUGGCCUUUUACGAAAUUUUAAACGGACUAUGGAUUCGCAAUGGACUGCAAAUAAAGGGCCAAGCCAUGACUUACAUACAGUGCAACUUUUGCAACUCCAUGGUAGAUGCAGAUUUGUAUCUGCUUCAAAUCUGUGCUACAAAAUUACUGGCGGGUUCCUUUCUAACAACCGUCAUCGACAAGUUUCAUGUAAAAGAAUGGAUGAGUUUAUGUCUGUAUAAUCCCCCGCGAAACCCGUAUCUUGGGGGCGAGCAUGAGACUCCGAUGUUGGAGAGUUGUCUGACAUUUUUGGCUACAUUAGUUAACGUGAGAACGAAUCUCGGCUUAUCGGAUCCUGAAAUGUCUCGACUUGAAAUGGUGACUUUAUUAUGUAUGGGUGAUAAAACACAUAGUCAGUUAAUGGAACUGAUGCCAGAACGUUGUGGAACCACCCAGAACAGAGAUUUUGAAUCUGUUUUAACUGAUGUCGCGCAAUAUAGAGCUCCAAAUCUUGAGGCAAGUGGUAACAUGCAGCAAGGCAUGUACGGACCAAAGCCUCGCGUGUGGGAUGAAUUGUUCGAUCCUUUGCAUGUCCUUCUAAGAGCGAUACAUAGAAAGGACUAUCAAAUAUCGAUGGAUCGUUUCACAGAAUACGUGAAGCAAUCUGGCAAAUUAAAAAGCGGUGCAACUCCUUGGCCGCCAUUUAGGCAUCCCGCUCCGGUGUCGUUAAGCUACGACGACCCACGGAUCGUCUUGCGUUCCAGAGUCUUUCACACUAUGAUCUUAAUAAUAUUUUACAAGGCUGUGAAUGGUCAUAACAUAUCGGAAUAUGUUAUGGCAUUGGCUGUUUAUCUCUUGGAGAUGGCAGUAGUCACUGCGAAAGGGCCGGACAAAUCUAUGAGUCAAUAUACUGGUGGCGCUUCUCGCGUGAUAAAAGACAUGGAUUUAGCUGGAUGGUUCGAAAGUGACAAUUUGUCCGAAAAUAUGAGGACGGUGAUACCUCGAGUAAUUCUAGUCCAAGAAUCGGAGCCGAACAGCUCGGACAGCGAAUUUGAGUGGGAGAUUCAAGGAGAGAUGAGCGAAGUAGCUACAUCUUUGAUGCUGAACGAUGGUGCAGAUGGUGCGGAUGAGAGCUCCCUGGAACUGUUGCGACUUCCGUCUGUGGACUCCAUCAGAGAAAAUAAUGGCGUGUCGAGUACGGGCGCUACAUCACUGUCUUUACUACCAUCAAUUGAGGAUGCUACGUCUCUGCCAGCUCUACCAUCAACUAGUGUUGAAUAUGAGAUAGUUGUAGCGGAAUCUGAGAGCGGAAUCAUCGCCAUACCUCACAGUAACAGCGAAGAUGAUCUAACGAUACCAUUACAAAGAGCUCUACCACCAUCUGAGGAAGAAUCCAUGACAUUAGCGAUUGAAUCGCCUCCCUCACCAAAUAAUAUAGUUAGCGGACAGCCCGCAUUACCGCCCACUCCUCAACGCCUGGCAGUUAUGGCUGGAAACGAGAUAGUUGCGGCACAGCCCGUUAGUUACAGGGCCACAGAGAUUGUUCCAUCUACAUCGAAUCCUCACAACAUUUCAAAGAGGAAAGAAGCACAGGGCGGACCGAUACAACCGCUAACUAUAAAGUUUGGGGAGAGCAUAAUCUCCUUGCUGUUGAAAUUGCAUUCUCAAUUGUCAGGCGUACCAGACAGUUACAAUCCUGAACAAAGUGCAACUUUAGAUACUGAAGUUGCUAGCAGCAGCAGCAGCAGCAGUAAUAGCAGCAGUAAUAGCAGCAGUAGUAGUAGCAGCGGCAGCUCAUCCACAUCGUCGUCGAGCGAAUCGCGAAUCGGCGAUGGACCGUUCUUCAUAGCUUCGUUGCUUAAGAAGAUCGCAGAUUUGGACCCUAUGUGUAAACAAACUAUUAUCGAGACCAGGAACAAAUUGUGGCCUCGCAUGCAGGAAUGCGAGGAAGACGAGCAGCGUGAAAGGGAGAACCGCGAGCGGGAAGAACGACGCAGAAGAGCGAAAGAGAGGCAGCAGAAGCUAAUGGCGGAAUUCGCCAACAAGCAGAAGCAAUUUAUGGAGAAAGCGAUGAAAACCGAAGAUGCAGGUGCGUCUGACAUGGAAUGGGAUCAAGAGGAGAGUGCGACUAAACUGACUAGUAGAAAGGAAUACGAUUGCGUGAUAUGUAAUCAGACUACUCCUAGUAGUGAGGACAAGCCUAUGGGUCUUGUAGUAUUAGUUCAGGCAACUAGUAUCACUGGUCAUGAACGGCAGCAAUCGGAUAGGCUAGUUCUUCCUACAUCGAACGAAGAUACUCCUAUACCGAAGGGCGAUACCCGAGGUGCUCAGUUUGACCGCAGAAUGGAUGAGCUGAAUGAGUUAUUCGACGUGCACUCGUGGCUCCUCUCGAUCAAUCUGGGUUGGGACGGUGGAGUUCACGUGCAGACGUGCGGUCACCAUCUUCAUCUGGAUUGUUUGAAAUCCUAUCUCGAAUCCCUUCGUAAUCAGCAGCGGCACCAAAGUCUGGCGGUGGAUCGAGGCGAGUACCUGUGUCCACUGUGUCGACAAUUAGCCAAUUCCGUCUUGCCGCUGUCGCCACAACUGGGUGAAUGUUCGGCGGUGGUGCGAUCUCGUCAUGCUUCUUUAGAGACAAUACUCACGGAUCUGAGAACCUUCCUCAAGGAGGUACAACGGCACCCGAUCUCUUCGAAUUUGGCCGCGGCAAUGGGGAAAGUAAUGGAAGACAUGACGAGUUGCACAGAAACGAAGUUUAAGCAAAAGUACUGUAAAACUAAUCGUGAAAGCUUGUUCCUUUUUGUAACUUCGAUAGCUCGAACUAAUUUCGAAAUCGAACUCGUGCAACGUGGCGGAUCAUUGUGCGUUCCGACGCCCACCACGAUACCUUUAACGCCUAAACGAGAUUGCAUUGUUGCGCUUCUUCACGUCUUAGCGAUGCACGCUCGGAUACUGGCCACGUGGCCAGUGCAUCAUAUUUGGGAGCAACUAUGUGGUAUAUCAUCAGUGGAGGACGCGACAUCUUCGCUUGCCUUAGGCACCGCACCGCAGGAAGCGGAAAACAAGGAAGUUCCUCUGCUUCUACGAGACCCAAUCGCCCUGUUCAUUCAAUUUAUACUCUUACUUCCGUUACACAUGGAUCAAACAUACUUCUCGGGCGUGGUAAAGGUCCUUUACAACUUGCUGUACUAUCAAGUAAUACUACAGAUAAGUUGUAAGUUCUCGCGAGCAGAGCGAAAUACAAUUUUGAGCAGGAAACGUAACCGCACUGCCACAGCCUCUGAAACUGCACUGGCCGAGAUAAUCGAAUACUUCGACGCCAGCGGUCUUUAUCGUAGCACGGAUGACGAUGAGCCAUCUACGUCAUCUUCCCCUCCCAGGGUAAAAACGCACGCCAUCGAAAAACAGAUUCAAUCGUUGUGCUUGCCGUUUCUACGAGUGGCAUCUAUGAUGCGUUAUCAUCUAUACGAACAAUCGCUUCCGCAAAUUAGAACUCCGCAGACCGAGUUCGUAAGAUUGGUGUAUUAUCUGGAGUUGGUCACGGAAGGCAUGAGCUUGGACAGCUUUGACUCGACGGUGGCCUUAAACUGGAUGCAACCAGAAAUGAGUGAAUCAGUACCCCUUUUCUGGUGCGAUCAACUGCAAGCGUUCCUCGCCAAUUGGCAGGGUUAUUAUCGGUCUGUCCGGGGUCUGUUAAUGGAACAACAUAUAUCCUGGCAGGUGCCAAAGCUACUUAAUCUUCCAAGGGAGUACGAAAAAAUUUUCACGUUUUACCACGCACGACAAUGCAGUCAGUGUCACUCGGUUCCACAAGAGCUUAGUAUUUGUUUACUAUGCGGAACUAUCGUGUGUCUCAAACAAAAUUGUUGUAAAAGUCUGACUGCAAGAUGUGAAGCUGUCCAGCAUGCCUUCGUAUGCGGUGGUGGAACUUGUAUUUAUCUCGUAGUGACUUCGACUUAUAUAAUUGUUGUACGCGGACGACGAGCGUGUUUAUGGGGAUCUUUAUACCUCGAUGCCUUUGAAGAAGAAGAUAGAGAUCUGAAACGAGGCAAGCCUCUGUACCUCAGUCAAGAGAGGUUUAAGCUGUUGGAGCAACAAUGGGUGGCCCACAAAUUUGACCAUACAAAGAAGACGUGGGUUUGGCAUCGCGAUGCUCUGUGACUCUUUACAACACCGUCGUACAUCGUGCGUCACUCCUAAUCUCGAUACCGGUUAGGAAUUUCUGCGCUCCCGUGACUUUUGCGACUUCCGCCACUGAUUCUCACGCAGAGUACCUCACCCUUUUGCAAUAAUCGUUAUGCUUUAGAGAUUAACAGAAAUAGAUUAUCCUUAAUGAAUGAGAUAUAUUUAUUAUCGCGUAAGGCAAUAAACAUACGUAUGUAAAACGACGAAAGAUGAAAGUAUUAAGAAGUGGAAUAACUGAGAAGGAUCAAUUUUGUCCAUAUAGUCAUAUAUAAUAACCCGAAUGAUUCUACUUUUAUGUAGAAAAUUGUGUGUACGAUCCUAAAAUUUGCAAACUUGUACAUUUCAUUUAAGUAUGUAUACGAGGCCAUUUCUAUUUUAAUCUUUUCACUUUCUUUAAGAUCAAUAAGUAUUGAAAACGAAUUUGUAUCCCAAAAUAAUGUCUUUCUUAUAUAUUGUUUUUACACCACAUACUGUGCUGAUUAAUAUAAAUUGAAAAAACAAAAUACCUACGAAGUGUGUAAUGGAAGUGUGGAAAGAUUAAAGUAGAAUAUAUACAUACACAUAUACAUAUAAAUUACAUCCUAGUAAAUAAAAGAAAAAAAGAAGUACUUAUUUAGCAUAUAGCAUUUGUACCUACUAGAAGAGAGUGAUAUUUAAUAAUGAAACUAAUUGAAAGAGAGUAUAAAGAGAAAAAUUUGUGUGCCGCUUGGAGCGAUUAUUUUGAAAAUUAAUAAUUUGGAAUUUAUUCUCUCAGGCGUUUUGCCGAUAUUUGUAAAAUACAAAUCUUUCUGCAGGUACUUAUUUUGGCGAAUAUAAAGUGUGCUGAUUUUCCAAGCAUUGACGUUGUUGCAUGUAAGAAUGUAUUAAGAGUGUGAGAAUAACGAAGAAAAGAUAAAAAAAAAAAGAGAAGAUAUCGAAGACUGAUAUCUUUAACUGCUUUCUGUAAGAAUCCUAGUUAUAUACCAACGACAAAGAAAUAUUAGAAUCUAUAUUGUCUGAGACUAUUUUUAUUAUUUACACUCGAUGUAUUGUUUAAUCUGCAAUAGGUAGAAAUACGGCGCGUUGAGAACGUCGCUUAUGAAAAAAUGCGUUAGAUGUUCGAUUGGAAAUUUUUAUUUUAUAACAAGAAAUGCAAGAGCGAUAGCUGCUUUCUUAUUAACUCUUAUUAUUACCACUAUUAAAAAACUAUUAGAAAUUUGAAAGACCUGGAACAUAAGAAAUUAUGAAAUUGUUGACUAUACAUUUUUAAUUGAAAUUUAAUGUAGAACAAUAUUACAAUAUUGAUUAUCGAGUAUUGCAUGUUAAAUUUGUAUGUGAUUAGAUCAUUAUUGGAUUUAUUAUUGAUUGUAACCGAAAUAAAUCUACAUUUACUUAAAUAAUUGAUCAUAUAUAACAUUAGAAAUUAAAUCCCAGAUGUCAAUUUAAAUUUGGAUAUUGUGUUACCUGUGAGUGAUAAUCUCUUGUUUUACUAUAAGCAGAACGUAUACUUGUUAAUAACGUAAAUGGUGACUUGUGGCAAAUUGUUGAUUAUCAUUUGCAUAGGGGCAAAUAUCUGUAUAUCGGGAUAUUUUUGAAUGAUGGCAGCAUAUAUAUACAUGUAUAUGUAUAUGCGCGCUUUCCGCAUAUUUAUGAAAUGAAAUUGCUUCUUGUAGGACUUUCGUGUUGUAAAUAUGUAAUAAUAACAUAGUUUAUUAUUGUAUUACAUCAUUAGUCAAUGCUCGAAGCAAAAUGAUUGUACAUAGCUACACAAUUAUUUUUAGGGAUGUCUUAUAACGUAAAACUCUAAGAUAAAGUACGCGCGCGCACGUAUUAAAGAAAACCGGAAAAUUAAUAACUACAAUUGCGCAUUAUAUUUAAGGUAUAAAUAAAAACGAUUCUAUUGAAAAUAGCCCCGCAAUCUUUUUCUUAUUUAUUACUAAAACAUAAACUUUUUUCUUUCUAUACGUUAUACUCAAAUUUAAAAAUAAGUUACAUUAAUGUGUAAUAUUUAAUGAUAGCUCUUGCCAAUUGCAUUAUUAAGUCUUAACUGACAUGCAACCUCACAUAUUGUCUCAAAUUAUAUAAAUUAACAGGAAGAAAUAAAUAAAAUGUUGAAU